UAGAAUACAUAAACUAAGCAAACUCCCAAGACUUUUUCACAAUUCACUUGCACCCUCGUUAGGUAAUGUCUAUGUCCUCAAUUUGUCUCUUCCUCAAACCCCCCUCCACCCUCUCCUUUCUAUAAUACCCUUCGCUCUGAAGUCUCCACUUAACUCCAUCACCACUUCUUUUAUCACCAUGAACUUAGUAAGCUACCAAGAAGAGUACUCCAAGAGCUUCAGUGAAAAAUCAGAGGAGAAUGAUGACACAGCAGGAGCUGGAAGAUCUUACGAGUGUAUCUUUUGCAAGAGGGGAUUCACAACGGCACAGGCUUUAGGUGGACACAUGAACAUACACAGGAAGGACAAAGUCAACAAGUCCAAACCCUCUUUUCCUAACAAAGUUGAUGACAGCAACUAUGCAGAGCUAGGGUUCUAUUCAGAAGUUUCAAACCACCCUCAGGGAGAAGAUGGCCUUGAUUUGGAGCUAAGAUUGGGUCGUCAUCCAUAGCAUGCAUGUGGAUAUAUAAUACGUAUCUAUAUAUUCUACCACCCAUCAUGGUAUACAGAGAGGAGCUUGUAGCAUCAGGAAGCCAAAGCUUGGGGCUAUAUCAAUGGAUAGAUUAAUAAGAUGGGGUACUUAAUUUUCUGAUGAGGAAGGUAUUUAUAUACUUUUUCCUCCUCAAAAUAAUGUCUAGCCCUAAACCUCAUUAUCUGGGAUUCUGCACCAUAAGUUCUUAUAGGCAUCCUUGUAUUUACUUGUCUUUUCUCAUAAUAAACUAUGGCAUCCAGAAGCUACUGGCAAAA